GCAGUAAUCUGGUCCCAGUGUGAAUGGAGACAGUGUCAGAGCUGCUGCUGCAGAGUUCAGCUCCGCUGUGAAUGAUUGGAUUACAACUCAUCAGCACACGCACAGGAAACACUGCGGAGCUGGAUCCCUCUGUUAUUCACACUUAUUCUGUGUUUUUAUUUUUAAAUUCUCCUUUUUCUAUAAGUUUCUGUUAUUUUUUGUCAUUUUUACGUUUUUCUUUCCUACUUUUUUCCUCCAUCUUGUCUUUUUCUUUAUUUCCAAACCCUCCAUUUCCUCCUCAAUUCUGAUUUCCUACCUUCCUCCUUCUCUUUCUUUCUUUUUAACUUGUUUCAUUUUUCCUCCCUCGCCUACCUCACCCUCUCCUCUCCUCUCCUCUCCUCCCUCGUCCCCCCUCUCAGUCUCACUCCACCUCUCUGUGUCUCUCUCUUUUCUUCUGGCUCACUGAGUCGCAGUAAAUCCUAUUGUGAUGCUAAACUGAUUUUCGGAAGAGAGAGAGAUAGAAAGAGAGGCAGACACAGAGAGGGAGAGACUCCUGCGGGAGCUUUCGGUGUGUUGUUGGGGGUCUGUUCUCCGGAGGAUCAGCCGCUCUCUGCACUUCAGGAAUGCACUUUGCAGGAAACGCAGCUCGGUGCUCGGACACCUCCUUCUCUCCUUUAUUCUCACCGAGGAGUUAUAAAUGAAUGGAGGAAAUGCGCUCGUAAAGGAGACACCGUUUUGUGCAGUCCCCGGGCUGAGAGGACAAGAGGGGCCCGGAGAGAGCGCUCCCCCGGCCGGGCAUGGAGAACGGCGUCCGGGCGGGGCUCCAGCAGCAGCAGCAGCAGGCGGCAGGCGGAGGAGGAGGAGGAGGAGGAGGCGGCUGGGUGCUGGUGGAGGCCCGGCUGCAGGGAGGAGCACCGUGGGGAUUCACCCUGCAGGGCGGCCUGGAGCACGGAGAGCCGCUCAUCAUCUCCAAGGUGGAGGAGGGCGGCAAGGCGGACAGCUUGGAGCAGCCUCUGCUGGUCGGGGAUGAGAUCAUCGUCAUCAACGAGGUGGAGCUGACUGGAUACAGACAGGAGGCCAUCGCUCUGGUCAAAGGAUCGUACAAGACGCUGCAGCUCACCGUCCGCAGGGAGUUUGAUCCAGGAUACAUAGAGGAGUUUGGCUCUUCACGUCCCUCCAUCCCUGCUCUUCCUCCUCCUUCUCCUCUUCCUCUUACAUCUGUAUCACCACCUCCACCACCACCACCACCACAACAACAACAACAAACACCACUGUCAUCCCACCGAAGCAGAACAUGUUCAGCGGGAGGAGUCCAGCUACGCAUCAAGAACAGACGCAGUGAGCCGGCGUCCCGUCCUCACUCGUGGCAUUCGUCGAAGCUCGGUGAAGGUCAGCAGCCGUCGGAUCAGGGAGGGAUGGACACGAUGAGCAGCGCCUGGCACCACGGCUACAACGCCAGUGCCUCAACCACCGACCUGUCAGGUGGGUUUGACUCUGGCGGCAGCUACCUGAGGAAGAGUCCGGACCAGUACAGCUCCAGGGGCAGCAUGGAGAGCCUUGACCCUCCGCAGUCCUCCCAGCUUCACUCUGGAGCUCAGCACCACCACCCACUGGGCCACCACACCCACAGCGGACCCCACCCUGCCUACUCCUCCUGCCACCAGCUGUCCUCUGCCAGGUCCUCCAACAGCAUCGACCAUCUCCACAGCAAACGAGACUCCGCCUACUCCUCCUUCUCCACCAGCUCCAGUAUCCCAGAGUACCUUGCCUCCACGCCUUCCUUCAGCCCAGAGCGCUCCUAUUCGCUGGAAACCGUCCCUCAGAGAGAAGGAGGAAGUGUCGAUAUGCAGCAGGCUGACAUGUGUUACGUCCGGACGGUUUAUGACGCCCAGCAGGGCCUAUCGCAAGAGCAUGAGCUGAGCUCCACCUCUGCUGCGAUGCUUCGCAACAGCGAUUCCAGAGGCGGGGGAGGGAUGAGGCCGGGGCAGAGCCGAGAUAUGCAAGGUUCGGUGGGAGGGGUCUGUUACCGUGGCAGCAGCAGUGGCAGCAGCAGCAGUAGCGGCAGCAGCAGCGGUGGUGCACCAGCAUCAAACAGACACAGUGUAGGACCAAUAUGGGGCCCGGCGGCCAGCCGCAGCUCCUACGAGAGCCUAAAGGGGGCGCCGGCCCCGCCGAGGCGCAGCGACAGCUACGCAGCCAUCAGGAACCACGAGAGACCGAACUCCUGGUCCAGUCUGGAGCACGCCCGGUCACUACGGUCUCUGCAGAAAGGUUCCUGGCAUCACUCCAGUGGCUCUGUGGCUUCAGGUGCAGCUAAGGGCUCGUACAGCGCCGAAGGUCAGCUCCACACAGUGAUAGAGAAGAGUCCAGAGAGCAGCCCCACCACAAAGCCCCGGCAGGGUGGAGGCUUCCCCCAGCCCCCUUCUCCUACCGGGCACUCUUCCGGACCUGCAGGCCCCGUCCCCCAGUCUGGCCGGCUCAUUCUACCCACGGGCACAUACCCUGUCCCACAGCUUGAGCCCCACUAUGCACAGAUUCCCAGUGCCGGCCCCGGUCCAGCCUCCUCUGGAGUGUACCCCACCCUGGCUAAGGAGAGCAGCCGACAGCAGCAGCAGGGCGUCGGAGGGAGAGAGGAAGGAGCAACGGAGAGGCGGAGGGAUGGAAGGAUGUCAGCGACAGAAAACGGAUACCAAAACAACACUUCUUCACUAUACCCCUAUUCUUCUUCGUCAUCGUCUGCCUCCACACAGCUCAAGACUCAAGCAUACGAGGCUGACAGGCCUCAACAGGAAGAGUCUAACUAUGAACUCUACAGACCCAACAUGAAAACUGCCAGAGAGGGAUCAGAGGACCACACAGGGGCUCAAAGGCCCCCAAACCACCAGGGACCUCAUGGUCAGAGCUUCCAAGGGCCCCAUAUUCAUGCAAGCCAGAGAGCCCACAGCCAAGUGUCCCAGGAGCACAACCAGGAUUUCCACAGGGCCUCAUCUUCACAAGAUUGGAGGGACCCCUACAUGCCUGUCCCACCCAAGGGAGAAAGGAGGAGAUCAAUGGACCAGACCAGCGUUCAUUCAGAGCCAGUGACAUCCUCCAGGAUCCCCCAAGGACAAGUGCCUCCUUCCCACUUACCUGCUCAGCCUCAGGCUCCACCCGCCUCCGCCUCGCAGAAUUCACCCCGUCACUUCAGUGACUCAGCAGCUCUGCAGUACCAGCACUGGGACCACAGAGAGCAUGACAAAGACCGAGAACAUCCACUGACCCGUCUGGAGAUCGCCCUUGCCGAGGUCCAACGAUGCGCCAGCCCCAGCAGUGUUGCCUCCGCCAGUAGCCAUGGUAAUGGUAGCCAAGGUGAUGGCAGCCAGGGACCUAACCGCAGCCUCUCUGUCCUGGAGAAGGUCAGCCGCUUCGAGCGUCGCACCGCGAAGCAACGCAGUCACAGCACCACCAACGCACAGGACAAAGCCACCCAUCUGAGGAUGACAGAGAAAGGCCGCAGCUCCCCCUGUGGAGCAGAUGACCUCAGAAACAUGCUGGAGAGAAGCACCGGUGGGACCAAAGCCCACAGGACUAUGAGCUACAGAGGAGGCAGCACUGAGCACAAGAAAUACAGGACCCCAGCAGAUCCAAGUUCAGCCCUCCAGAGAAGCCGCAGCAGCUUCCAGCUGGAAGAAACCAGGGAGGGCGACAGCAGCAAAGACUUCCCCCGGACACAGGACAUCCAGGAGAUAAUGGGCACCAUGCAGGACAAGUCCUUGAACAGAUCUUACAGGGACACUUUGAAAGACGCCCAAUCCAAGGUCCUACGGUCCACCUCCUUCAGACGGAAAGACCUCAGCUCCUCAAUCAGCCCUCCGCCUCCUGCAGCUCCUCCUCCCGUUUCCUCCUCCAGCGGCCAUCAACCUCCACCUGUCCCUGCAAAGCACCACUCCCUGGAGAAAAAAGGCCCCAAAACCAUGCCCAAACCACAGGGCAUCAUCAUCACACCACAGUCGGCAGCACCGGUCACUUCCCUGCACACCCCGAAGGAGCGGCAUGUGGUCAGCCCAGAGACACGAGGCCCGAGCCCCCCAGCUCUCCCCAGUGUCCCACCCGUUGGACAUCCUGGUCUGUUACGGAUCUGCGGCCGCAAGCGCCUGACAGCAGACCAGAAAAAGCGAUCAUACUCAGAACCAGAGAACUUGAACGAGUGCGGGGUUUCGGAUGCAGAGACUGUUGCCCUCUUCAGGCGUGGAGGAGAGACCAGUGUGGCAGACCGGCGGAAGAUGUUCGAGCUUGUUGCAAGUCGAGUUGGGGGCGGGGCUAUGCAGAAUGCCACAUCAAGGCCUGAAUUGCGGCAGCUUCAGCAUGACGCUCUCGCAGAAUACGUGGAGAGGAAGAGAGGCGUGCAAAGAGACAAGGGAGGACAGAGGAGUGGACCAAGGCCCCAUAGUGCCUAUCUACAGCCUGACAACAGCAACUAUAUAGACACCCUCAGCCUCUCCUCCACCUCCAGCAUGCUCUCCCUGCAGGACUCUGCUGCAGAUCGAAGCUUCUCCUCUGGAGAGAGGCGUCCCUGCCCCACUCUCCCUCCUGGAGCUGACCUGUGGAGCCACCAGUCCAACCUCAUCUACCCGGGCAGGGUGACCACUCCGAGGGCUCCGGUGCACCCAUCCAUUAGUGCUCCUUCUGGCUCCCUUCCUGAGCCCCAGGCACAGAUCCCCCAGGACGUGCCCCAUGAAACAGGGCUCAGCAGACAGAGUCAGUCCUCCAGCAGAGACUGCAGCCUUGACCUCCAGCAACUGGCUGUAGAGCCUCAGCUCAAGCUGGGACUGUCCCAGCAGCUCAACGGGGCUCUGCAGAGGGCCGGGUCAGCUCGGGGCUCCGGAAAGUCAGCCUCUGCCGAGGAUCUCCUGGAGAGAUCCGAAGAGAUUCCAAUGACUCCUCAACACUACCGCUCCCGCUCCUCCCCCACAGUGGAGAGGCUGAACCAGGACUUCCCUUCAGGCAACGUCAGCAUGUUUGACGUCUUCAUCUCUGAACCUGGACGCCACUCUCUGGCCGAGGACAGACCUGCAGAAGUCCAGCUACCAGGCGGCCUCAUCUCACCUCAACACUCCCGAAACAGUCUUAACACCGUCCAGCCUGCAGGACCUUGGCAAGACCAAGGCUCCUCCCACACUCCAGUCACUCGUAGGGAGCAAAAGAGGAACAGCGAGCGGCAGCGGGCCUACAGCGCCUCCACCUUGGCAGCCUCCGUUGGCCUGCCCUGCCCCCUUUCCCCCCCUGGAACUCAGGGUGCUAGCAACGCUGAGUGGCAGGCAAGCGAGAGGCUGAGCAAGGCCAACCUGGAUGCCAUCACCUUCCCAGGCAUCCCACAACCACCCACAAAUGAUAGUAAUGGCAGUAACACUGCUGACAACAAUGAAACCCUGGUGAUGGAAAGACAGACAAGACACAGUUUGAGUGAUGCCAGCAUACUAGAAGACACCGCAGAGGACACGUAUAGAGAGAGAGCCUUCAGUUUAGAGAUGAGAAGAGGGUAUUCUGCAGAAGUCGCCAAACGAGUUUCACCAGUGAUGCAGACACCCUUGCCCCAUUUCCAGCUUGCAUCCCCACCAGACAGGAAGGACAGCAGGAGCAUGGCAUCAUCUCCUCCGCCUUCCUCCCAUUCGUCCAGUCCCCAGCCCCUGUCCUCAUUGCGAAUAUCUGAGUCCAGCUUCUUCAGCUUCACUGACCAACCACUAGAAUCCUCCACAGGCCUAUCGCAGGACAACUUUGACGAGGUCUUCCUCCAAAAUCCUGCCCCUCCGUCACCUCCUCCGCCAAUCAAAGAGACAAGCAUCUUGGAGGACUUCCCUCCUCCACCUCCUCCCCAUGAAUUGCAGCAGGAAGCUGGACACCAGAAUGUGGGAAGUAUGGAGUUCUUAAACAACUCCAUCAUUCCAACCAGGAAGUUAUCCCUCCAGUCCCCUCCAAAGUCCCCUACCUCCUCCGUCGUUCCUUCGUCUGUGCCCAUCCCAACUCCUUCCCUAAAGCCACAGCCCUCCACCAUCACCUCUAUUACCACAUCCACCACAGCCGAGGACAGCCUAGGUCUUGAGUACCAGCCAAUACCUAAGAGGGAAAAGACAUCAGAGGAGCUGCGAGUGGAGGUGCUGGCCCGGCAGCUGAUGUCACAGGACAGCUCUCUGGCACCUCUCCUGGACACGUGGGGGGGUAAAUCCACUGUGGACCUAAUGGAGGAGAUAUUUCCAAACAGCAAAUUGGUUGAUAAAUCACCAUGGCAGCGCAGGGGCAGCAGCAGAUUGGAUGACAGGAUCCAAGAUGGCGUUUGUGAUCCUGCUCAGAGCAAGACAACAGAUCAGCAGAAGGAGACCGAUCUGGAUGAGGAAGAGAAAGACCUCAACACCAGGAAGGUGGAGCUGUGUGAGGCUCUGAGGGGCAGCGUGGCGGCCCUGCGGCAGGAGAAGGAGGCGCUGUGUGAGGAGCAGAAAUGUCACCAGGCGCUCGGGGCGAGCAUCGAAACACUGGUGCAGGAACGCCUCAAAACCAACGAGAGGGACAAGUACAGCAUGUUCAUCGGAGAUCUGGAGAAGAUCGUGAACCUGCUGCUGUCUCUGUGCAGCCGGCUGGCGAGGAUCGACAGGUCGCUGCUCGCUCUGGAGAGAGAGGACAUGACGCAGGAGGACAGAGCGGAUGAGAGGGACUGCCUCCAUCACAAGCGCUCUCUGCUCCUCGGUCAAACCGAAGAAGCCCGGGAGCUGAAGGAGAACCUGGACCGGCGGCAGCGCGUGGUCCACGGCAUCCUGUCCGGCUACCUCACCGAACCACAGCUCCAGGACUACCGCCACUUCGUCAGCACCAAACCCUCCCUUCUGAUUCGCCAGAGGCACCUAGACGACCUCAUACGGCAGGAGGAGGAGCAGCUGACGCGACUGGUCGAGAGCCUGCCGCAGGAGCUGGCGGAGGCUCACGGUUGGUCGAGAGGGGGUCUGUUCCCAUCGCCGAGCCCCGCCCACUGCUCCUCCCCUUUCCCACCGCUGCUGCCACCCUCUGUGAUCCCAGGCCCCGGCCAUGUAGUCCGCUCCACCACUGUGACGUCACUGUGAUGUCACGGACAGGCCGCUGUUCUGAGCGGCAGUGAAGGGUAGAAAAUGAAGAAGAGACAGCUGGCUCCCUAAAAACUUGCUCUGAGCUCUGAACUGAAGGAGCUGUACAUGAAGGAAGCGUCGGCCUGAAACAGGCUCCGUUCACACUGAAACUAUGCAGACUUCACACAUGAAGAAGAGAAACCUUUAACGUGCCUCAUUCUGUUCACACGUGACUGUGCGUUACACUUCUGUUCACCUCGACAUCAGCGACCAGCGCUGUGUGGAAUAAAGCUACUGCUGCCAACAUUUCUAAUGACCCUCUGGGAGGUUCACCAUCAGAUGCUCCAAAGGACAAUUCCAGUGUUGUGGGUAGCUUCCUGAGGUUUUCUAACCCUCAUCAUGUUCGACAUAUGUUUCUAAAUAUUCCUCUCAGUCCAGAUGAGCGCGGAGCUUUAAGGCUGUAAACGUUAAAAUCAGCUUUUUAUGUUUCAUUUCCAGAUAGAUGAGAUUACAGGGGACCUUAAAGGGAUAGUUCAGAUUUUUUAAGUGAGGGGUGUAUGAGGUAUUUAUCCAUACUCAGUGUAUUACCUACAGUAGAUGGCGGUUUGCUUGCGCCCAGUUUGGAGAUGCAGACAGAAAUACAGCCAUGGAAGCGAAGCAAUGCACUGCUGUGGACGGGGCAGCAACACAAUGUAUUUCAGCCACCUAAAAAAAUUGAUAUCAGUUUAAGUGUGCGAUAUAUUUAGAGUAUUUUCAUGGCUUUACUUUGCUGUCAGACAGUGCUUUCUGACAGGAAAGUGCAGCCAUUGUAUCUCUCUCUUCAAAGCCACCAGACUCCACUGAGAAAAACAGUGAUUUAACACUGCUAAACACAGGAGCUGCUGGUCUACCACUGCCUUGAUAAGUGAGUUUCAGUGGUGUAAAUUUGGAUAGUGAAGGCAGUGUGGUUGCACUGGGGCCCGAGUGCCACCUGGAAAUUCGCUCAUGUUCAAAGACGAACUAAUUGAAAUCAGUGUGAUUUAUAUAUAUACCUUCAAAAAGGCAAACCGAUCUUCGUCAUGGUUUUCUUUGUGGUGAGAUAUUCAGUAUCAAUCUGUAAGAAAAUUAUAUAUUAUAUGUAUUUAUUCUACCUUGUGCCAUUUUUACUUCCACAGAUAUUCAGUGUCAGCAACUAUACGCAACCAAAGUGUCUAGGCUGAAAGAAACGCAUCUCCAAAGUGCUCUCGCACUCCCAGCUUGGUGGAGACGAGGCUUUAAAUAUGUUUUGCAGCGGCCCCCAUCCACAGCAGUACAUCACUUUAGUUCCAUGUCGGUACUCCUGCCUGCUUCUACUGGGGGCAUGCCGACUGACAUCUACUGUAGGAAAUACACUGACUAUGGAUAAGUACCUCGUACAAACCCACUUCAAAAAAUCUGAACCGUCCCUUUAAGUUCCCCAGUUUCGACCCUACAUUCACCAACAUCAUGAAAACUCCUCGACACCAGAGAGUCUUAAUCAAACUGACUGUAAUGCUGGCACAGACUUUCUAUACAUCAGCCUGAAUCAUAAAUAAAAGGAGAGAAAUUUACUUCCACUCUGGAAUUGUCCUUUAACGACCCUGACGGUGCUUUCAGGAACCUCAAACAUUCAGACGUUCCUCUUGAAACUCUAUUUCUAACAAGAAGACAAAGUGAGCAGGUGUUUUAUCUCCCAAAGACAAAAUACUCUCUUCUUUAGAAUGAAAAAUCACUUUUUAUCAAACUUUUCAGAAGGUCAGCGUCUGCUCAUGUUCAGCCAACGGACAAAAUAUAAAUCAACACCAAAAUACGAGGGACACUGUUUUGAUUUUACUGCAACAAAAAGACUCAGAGGAGUCUGAGUGCACAGAUCCUGCUCUGAUCACUGUCACAUGAUACUGUAACACUACUGUCACUACUGUCUGCAGCUUGUAGCACUUUUCACUGUAGCAGCUCCACUACUGUCUGCUGCAGGAUUUUUACACUGAAUCAUUAACAUUGCUCUGCUUGUGCCUCUUUAAAAGACGAUGUGAUGAAACAUUUGAUGUUAUAAAAAAUUAGAUUCCAAAGAUUUUCACUGGAUGAUUUGUUUGCAGACAUCAACCUGGUCUAAGUUUGGAUUUGAGGUGUUGUUUGGUCCAAAAAUUGAUAAUUCUUUUCUUCCCUUUUCAGCAUUUUACUUAAGAAUAACUGAAUUUUUACAAAUAAAAAACGCCACAGUUUACUUUAUCAAAAGAUAUUUAAUUUAUAAUCAUAUAAACAUAAAAAAAAGUGCUGAUAAUUGUCCUACUGAUCACCUACUUCAUUAAAAUGACCUGUUUUGUCUUUGACAUUAAA